AUGAGUUUGAAGAAGAAGAAGAAGAUUACUUCUUUAAUUAUCUGUUUCCUUCUGUUGCUUCUUCUUCCAAUCGUCUUUUCUAAGCCGACAAGAAACUUAGACGGAACAGGUACUGCAAGAGCUCCAACAGUGCAACAAAUAAGAAACAAGCAUGGAACUAGAGAGGUGAUAGUGGAUAAUGGGAUCAUCAGAGUCAGUUUCUCGAGUCCUCAAGGGCUUAUAACUGGCAUCAAAUACAAAGGAAUCGAUAAUGUUCUCAGUCCACAUCAACGAGCUCGAGGGUACUGGGACAUAACAUGGCAAGGAGGGUUAGAUCAAGUCGAAGGAACUAAAUUCAGAAUCAUAACUCAAAACCAAGAACAAGUAGAGAUCUCGUUCUCUAGAACAUGGGAGAGUGGUUCUCGUUCUCGUUCUCAUCAUCAUAUUCCAUUAAACGUAGACAAGAGGUAUAUUAUACGUAAAAAUACUUCAGGAAUCUACGCAUACGGAAUCUUCGAGAGACUUCCCGAAUGGCCAGAAUUUGAUAUGGGUCAAGUUCGAAUAGUCUUCAAACUCGACCAAGAUAAGUUUCAUUACAUGGUGGUCGCGGAUGAUAUACAAAGAGAGAUGCCAACGGACGGUGACCGCGAUAUCCAUCGUGGUCAUGCUAAGGCUCUUGGUUAUAAAGAGGCCGUGCAACUGAUUCAUCCUCAUAACCCCAUGUUUAAAAACCAAGUUGAUGAUAAGUACCAAUACUCAUGUGAGAUCAAAGACAACAAGGUGCAUGGUUGGAUCUCAACUAAAUCCCACGUUGGCUUUUGGAUUAUCUCACCUAGUGGCGAAUACCGCUCUAGUGGACCGGUCAAACAGGAGCUCACAUCCCACACCGGUCCAACGGCCAUCGCGAGCUUUAUAAGCGGGCAUUAUCUUGGUACGGACAUGGAUGUGCAUUAUGGUGAAGCGUGGAAAAAAGUCUUAGGACCUGUUUUUAUCUACUUGAACUCCGGAGAUGAUUUGCUAUGGGAAGAUGCUAAACGACAGUCUAAAGAAGAAGUUAAAGCCUGGCCAUACGAUUUUGUAGCAUCCUCUGACUUCCCUUCUCGUCGAGAAAGAGGAACCGUUACUGGUCGUCUUCUAGUCAACGACGGACUCUUGACGCCGGGAAGAUUUGCAUAUGUCGGUUUAGCACCACCGGGAGAAGCUGGUUCGUGGCAGACGAAUACUAAAGGUUAUCAGUUUUGGACAAAGACUAACGAGACCGGUUAUUUCAAGAUAUCUAACGUUAGACCAGGAACUUACAAUCUGUAUGGAUGGGUUCCUGGUUUUAUCGGAGAGUUUAGAUACAAAAACCGUGUUAACGUAGCUUCAGGUUCAGAGAUUAGACUCGGAAAAGUUGUCUACAAGCCCCCUAGGAACGGUCCAACGCUUUGGGAGAUUGGUGUACCCGAUAGAACCACACGUGAAUACUUUGUCCCGGAGCCGUACAAGAAUACAAUAAACCCUUUAUAUCUAAACCACACGGACAAGUUCAGGCAGUACGGAUUGUGGCAACAAUACACAGAGUUAUAUCCAAACCAUGACCUCGUCUACACAAUUGGAGCUAGUAACUAUAGCCAAGACUGGUUCUACGCACAUGUCACAAGAAACAAUGGUGAUUCCACGUACAAACCAACGACAUGGCAGAUCGUGUUUCAUCUUCCAUACGUGAACAUGAGAGGCAGCUACACAUUACAGCUAGCUUUAGCCUCAGCUUCACGGGCUAAUCUACAAGUACGGUUCAAUAACCAAUACACUAUGCCAUUAUUCUCAACGGGCUAUAUCGGAAGGGAUAAUGCUAUAGCAAGACAUGGGAUCCACGGAAUCUACCGGCUUUAUAGCAUCAAUGUGCCUGGAAGGUUGCUACGAACAGGGACCAACACGAUUUAUCUUCGACAAGCUAAAGCAUCAGGACCGUUCGAAGGACUUAUGUAUGAUUACAUUCGUCUCGAAGAGCCUUCUAGAGAUUAA